AUGGUGGCCAAGGCCAAGAUCGUGGCUCGGUGGCCGCACGCGGCCCCCUGCCGUCGACAACCACUGAAGAACACACUUGGGCGCAUCAUCUUCAAGUGCCGCGAGGCCCCCGGCAUCCGCUGGACCUACAUGGGCGACAACAACGGCGGCGGACGCUGGGGCUGGCUCUGCGACGAAUGCGGCAAAGCGGUCAACGGCCAGCAGCACAUCACGUCCACCGAGCACAUGAAGCAGCGCAGGCAGACCCAGCUCGCAAGGUAUAUGGAAGGAGAGACUCCCCGUGGACUCCCUGAUCCCCAGCGGUUUAUGAUGGGAGGCGACCUUUGGAGCAUGACCAAGGGCAAAGCCACGCCGGACAUCCCGCGGGUGCAGUGCCCAGGCUGGUGCUGGGACUGGGACCUCGAUGACAAGAAUACCCCUAUCGAUCCCUGUGUCUACGAGCCUGACUGGGACGGGAUUCCGAUCGGCUUUCCUGGGUGCUACGACAGGCCAGAAUACUCAUCCCCACUGAGGCUGGUAAUCAACAACGACGACGUGCGACUUCCCUGGGCCAAGGCCGCCAGCCCCAAAGGGCAGACGAAGGAGCAGGAGCUCGGCGACGCAGGGCAAGCACUGGCCGGUUUCCUGGCCAUGAGGGGUGCGUCCAGUUCUUCUCUGGGACCGUCUGCCGACGUACCGUUCCCCCCCACCGGUCCUCCGCCCACGGCGCAAGCGGCAUUUCCCGGGCCCCUCCCUGGCCCUAGCGGCUCCGGGAGCCACCCGGAUCAAUCCAGGGGCCCCUUCAAGGCCAGGACACCGGCCCCGCCGUCGCCAGGGGCGCCCGUCAUCGAAGAGCGGCACACGCAGCUCGCCAAGAACGUCGAGAGCAUCUACUGGGCCCCCUGGCACAUGGUCAAAUGCAGCGCUGCGUCGCGCCCCUGCCUCGGACACGUCCCUGGAGCAGUCCCGCUACAGUCGGACUGGAUGCGGCGGAUGCAGACAUACGGCAAGGAGCUCAAGAGAGGCUUCUUCACCGAGUUCUAUGCGGACGUAGAGCCCCCCGACGACGGCACCACAACAACCCGCCAGAUCAUCGCCAGCAAGACCACCUGCGCUCUGGACGUGCAGGUCUUCCCCUGCUUCGCGCCUGGAGGGCCUUGCGAAGAUGUCCUGGAUAGAUAUCAACUACAGGAUCGACUUAGAGGCCAGCGACAGGGGCAGAGCGAAUACUACCUGCUCGUGUGGAACAAGAUGUGGGCCAUGGAAUGGACGGAGCGCGACAUGGCAUCCAGUUUCCCGAAUCCCCUCAUGGUCUCUAGGACUUCACCGACGGUGGACUUCUUGGCUGAGAUAACCCCUGUCUGGUCCCCAGCCCCUGGCGCCCAAGUCUCGGGCACUGACCGCAGCUGCCCCUCUGGCAUAACCCUGGUCCACUACGACGCCCACGGGCCCUUUCACGACAGCGACGCCGCCGUCAGAAGACCAACCCCUGGCCAACCUUACUACAGGGUCGACCGCACCACGAGGGCGGCCCAAUUCAACAAGGUCAACGCCGCGAUCCGGGAGUUCUUCUCGGCCGGGUGCGAGAGGGACGCCCUGUGGGGCACCGCCCUCCCGCCCAUAGUCUGGGCGCUCGUCUUCCGACACGAGGAUCGCGACCGCGCGGCCAGCGUCCUGUCGCUGCCCGCGCAAGGUGUGGCAGCGGAUCGACAGCUUACGCAGGCCUCGGCCACGCUGGAACGCAUGAUCGACGACCCCGACCAACCCGGCGCCACCAGACGAGUGGUCGAACCGUCCCUGACACUCCAGCAGGCUGACGAGUCCCCCGGCUGCGUCUUUCAGCGACUGCUGCCUGUCCCGCGGGAGGAUCACCUUAAGCGCACCUGCGACCAGCACCGAACCAACGAUGCUCAGCGUCGCUGCGUGCUUGCGACCCAGAACUCACUCCUCACCCUGUGCCACGGACCGCCCGGCACAGGUAAGACCAAUGUCGCGGCCUGCAUAGCGGACGCCUGCAUGUCGUGCCUCGCCCCAGGAUGUGGCGUGGGGUUCAUCGGCGGCACCGGUGGCUCCAUGGACACCCUGGACAAGGUGAAGGGCAACGCCGCCAGGAAGAUAACCCCCGUUGCUAGGUACGCCGCAGCGUACAACAUCCUGGAAGGCCAGGUCACAACCACGGACCACGCGCACGGGUUCCAUAAGUUCAGGGCGGAGAUCGCAGCCGAGGCGGAGCUCAUCCUGGCCACGCACGAGGCGGGGGCCGACCUCUGGGACAAUAAGUUCCUCAUCUGCCUUCUGGACGAAGCGGGUCAGACGUCCGAGCCCAUGGCUAUCAUGUCCCUGCUCCAC